UGCUGGAGCAGCUUCUUGCUUCUACACUUGGUUCCUUCAGGACAUGAAGCUUCUUUUCUCUGAAGUGUCAGAAGGCUGGUGCUGUGGGCUUCCAGCAGCACACCGAAGUGAGCCACCUCCCACCAGGCCGACACCUGCUGAGAUGAACGCAGAUUGCACCAAUUGCAGCCAGGUGGCCGAUCUGGCCUUCGCCAGCAUGUACUCCCUGAUCUUCGCGGCUGGCCUCCCUCUGAACCUGGUGGCCCUGUGCAUCUUUGCCUUUGGAGGGGCUGGGCGCUCCAUCACCACCACCUACAUGAAGAACCUGGCAAUCUCUGACCUGCUGCUGCUGCUGUCCCUGCCUUUGAGGGUGUGGUACUACACCUGGCGGCCUCAGCUGCCUCAGCCCAUCUGUGAAGCUGCAGGGAUGCUGCUCCUGGUCAACAUGUACGGGAGCCUUUUCCUGCUGGCUUGCAUCAGCUGGGACCGCUGUAUGGCUGUCUGUUUCCCGCUCCGUCCCUGGGCCCAGGCCAUGCGUCAGCAAGCCAAGUGCAUCUGCACAGCAGUGUGGGUCUUGAGCUUUGCCGGAACCAUCCCCACCUACUUUGUGCACAUGGCGGACAGGAAGAACAGCACCCUCUGCUUUGACGGACGCCCACGCUACAUUGCGAGCCCCGGUGUCUCCUGUGCGAUGGUGCUAGCCUUUGCCCUCCCACUGACGGUCAUGGUGACCUGCUCUUGCAGGCUGCUGCAGGCUGUGCAGCAGAGUGGAGCUGUCCAGAUGGAGCUGGUCAAUGAGACAAAGAUCCAGCACAUGGUGGUGACCAAUGUGGCCAUCUUUCUGGGCUGCUUCUUGCCCUACCACGUGGCAGUGCUUUGCUACCAGGUGCCAGAGCUGAAGGGGGACCGUCUGGACAGAGCGUACCAGUGUACCCUGCUCCUGGCCUGUGCCAAUGCCACCUUGGACCCUUUUGCCUAUUAUUUUGCCACGGAGACCUUCCAACACCUUGUGGCAAUGGACCGCCUCUUUAGAGGCCGGGACUCCCAUAGCAACAAUGUUGGGGGUGCAGAGCUGGUUGCCCAACCCUUGAGAGCACAGUCGCUCUCUGCCCUGAUGUGUGACGAACAACCCUUUAAGGUUGCAGAAGCUGCUGGGGCAGGUCAGCUAUAGCACAAGCAUUUGUGAGAUAGUGCCUUGACUGCUGCAACUGCAGGUGGCCGGCCCUGCCUUGCCCUUCCAGAAAGCAGUGAGAUCAUUCAUGCCAGGAGGGAAAGGGUUUUGGGGGGAGGGAAGGGUUGUUGAAGGUACACCCACACAUUAUCAGAGAAAAGCCUCCCUGUUAAAAGACAGCCCAAUCCGCCACCUGGGACAUGGGUCCCAAUUCAAGGGCUUUAUAUGGCCUCAUUCACACACCUUUUGUCAUAUUGUCCUGCAAAGUCAUACUUCAGUCUCUCUCACUGAGGUUGCUCAGCUAAGACCUCCCUGCCUUCAUGUUAUCCCUUAAGAAAAUAAGAGACUUGUGGAGGAGACAGGCUGCCUUUGGAUCCCAACUAGUUUUGUGAGCCUUGCAGACCAGCUAUGCUUACGGAUGUGGUGCUCAGUGGAACGAACAGUAGCUGGGAAGGAUGGCUGGGUGGGUUCAGGGCCCACUGGGGUUCAGUCUUGGCAUAUAUUUGUAUUGAACACCCUGGUAUAAUGAAGUGCCUCUGAGCAUAUGCAGAGUAUCUUUCCUUCUACACAUCUGAGACUGGAAACAGGUCAGGGAAAAAGUAAUCCUAGGUCAGGUUAAAGCCCCCACAAUCUUUUUAGAAAUAAACUGGGAAGGACCAAGAAGGGGCCGGAUGGGACCCUCAAUGCCACUGACCCAGGGUGUCAUUGCUUCUUUAAACUGGAUUGGUUUCCCCCUCCAGGAAUGGGGUUUAGCCCCUCUCCCCCCCACCCCCUCGCUUUAGGCCAAAGCACACCUUGCACGGGGAGAUCUGGUGCGCCUGGAUCACCUGGCAUCUUCCCCCCGCCCCGUAAUGAGACCAUUUUGGGCUCCCAAUUUGAUCAGAGCAGUAGCCAUGCAUGUGUUGUACGCUUUCAGCCCCCCCCCCCGUAAAAACUGCUUCCUUCCUCUCUGCCAUUUGUUUUUCUCCUGCAGAGAUAAUAGAAGUGGGGUGGGGGAGGGCAGUCUUGAUCCAGCAUCCCAAAAAUCCUGGAAUGCUUUCCCCCUCCCCAUUAAGAGCAGUCUGUAUCUGCCUUAAACCCUUUUGGGCUCAA